AUGGGCAAGGACAAGGUCGAGAAGAAGGAUCGCGCUGAGAAGAAGGAGAAGCGUGCGGAUAAGGACGGUGUGCACAAGGUCAAGAAGGAGAAGAAGGAGAAGAAAGAUAAGACCGCUCUUGUCGAUGCAGUAGAGCAGGAGAUCGACUCUGAGGCCAUGGAGGGUCUUGAGCAGACCAGCGUCGCCGUUGUCGAGGCUGAUGCUAUCGCCGAGCGCCCCGUUGGUGCCCUCGUUCCCUUCGCCAACCCAUUGGUCGAGGACAAGCAGGCCAAGAAGGUCCUGAAGAGCGUCAAGAAGGCUGCUGUCAACAAGUCCCUCAAGCGUGGUGUCAAGGAGGUUGUCAAGGCUCUCCGCAAGUCUCCCAUCCCCGCCGCCAACGCUGCCAUCGGCAUCCCCAGCGGUGUUGUCGUUCUCGCUGCCGAUAUCUCCCCCAUGGAUGUCAUCUCCCACAUUCCCGUCCUGUGCGAGGACCAUGGUAUUCCCUACGUCUUUGUCACCUCCCGCGCUGAGCUCGGUGCUUCCGCUGCCACCAAGCGCCCCACCAGUGUGGUCAUGGUUACCCCCAAGGCUGCCAAGGGCAAGAAGGAGGAUGAUGCUGAGUUCACCAAGGUGUUCGAGGAGCUUGCUGGCUUGACCCAGAAGGAGCUCAAGAAGGUGACAGUCUAA